UAUAUAUGUUGUUUUCGUAUUGUAUAUUUGCCGCUUAAGUCCUUCAGGGGUGGUUCCUUUCCCAGUUGUUGACUGUUGCUAUGCCAACGAAUUACUCCUGUUGUGUCCGUUCAAUAUUAAAUCAUUUGCAGCAUGGACGUGCUUUCCCAUUAUAGUUCUCCGGUGAUCGAAUUUUCGGCUACCCAGCCGAUAGAGAAGCAAAAUGCUUUGGUGGACAACUGUACGGGUACGGAUCCGCCGCCGCCUAGCUUGGACGCUGGCACCGAGACGCAGGAGAAGCAGCAUGUGGCCACACAAACAGAGCAGUGCUGCAGCAGUAAGAACGUUGACUACGAUGAGCGUGCCCUGGCCAAAUGGCUGCGGCAGAUAUGUCCACUGGUGGAGCAGGAAUUAAGCCAGCCCACGCCACUCAUGGAGGAUCAGCAGUCGAGUCAGUGCACGCUGCAGGAGCAGUUGCAGGUGCACACCUACCAGAAGCUGACCAUGGGCAGCAUGGAGAACUCGCAGGGAUUGGCCACUUGGCUGUGCGUGCACACAAACAAUGCGCCCGUGCUGGUGGCUACGACGGUGGCACCCCACGACGACUGGUGUGAGCAUGUGGAGCAGCAGCUGAAGCUCUUCGUGCCGCAGCGUAUGUCCCAUGGCAAUUUUGUGGUAUACUCGGAGGCCAAAGCUCUGCCCCUCGAAUCCUGCCUGCGCAGCCUGUGCACCAAUGGAUUCAACAAGCAAAUGUUUGCCGGCGCCACCAUGGAUGGCGAGCUCUUUGUCUGGCUAUACGAGCAGUCACGUGCUGGCGGUGACUCGAGCGUGGAAGUAAAACAGCUGCACAGCGUCUCCUCCACACAUGGUGCUGCCGUGGCACUGGAUUGGGUUACGGAGCAGCGUCUGCUCGCCUGCUAUGCCAAUGGCACGGUGCAGCAGUGGCUGGUGGCCAAGCAAAUGACCUUGGAUUGGGAAUAUUCGUUGCCAGCCUCAGUGGCCACGGAAUUAACAACUAUGGUGUCGCUGGGCCUGGACGAUUUCGUUUUGGGCAGCAACAAUGGCGGCGUCUAUCGCUGCUGGAGCACAAGCCGCCAGCCAGCUGCCGAUAGAUCCAACAAGCAGCUGCAGCUGCUUGCCCUGCGCAGGCAUCGGUUCAUGGUGUCUACCCUGCAGAAAACCGAAAUGAAUAACCACCAAAUUGUGGUCAGCUGCGAUCUGAGCGGACAGACCUACUAUCACGAUAUGCGACACGAGGAGGAGGGCACCGCCCAAUUAAUUGUGCAAAUUCCGCUGCCCUUUAAGAACGCAAUCGCCUGCAGCCGUGAUGCCAACAUCAUCUACUGUCCCAGCAGCGACGGUGCCUUGGAGUAUUACAGGAUCAGCGAUGGAGCUCGUGGCCACGUCAAGGGCGUACUGCGCGGUCGUGGCCAAUUCAUUCGCAUCAGCGACAAUGGCUGCUGGUUAAUCACGGGUCUUUAUGGCAAUGAAUUUCAGAUAUUCUAUAUCGAAAACAAUUUUAGUGAAUAAUACUCAUA